AUGGCCUUGACACCAGUUGUUGUGGGAGAAUGGGUGAUGGCCUCGUUGGCCACCAUCUGCGUGGCAGCGCGCAUGUUUGUUCGACUACAGCUGAACAAAGAUCACCUACACUGGGCGGACUCGUGGCUCCUGGUCGGCCUCUUCUGCGCCAUAGGGCUGGCCCUUUGCGAUACGAUGGCCGAUUUGGACGGCGAGUUGGAUAAUUACGAGGAUCCCAGCGUUCGCACGCUCAAGUUCCGCUUUGCAACCAACUACUUCUUCGAUACGGGGAUGUAUUUUCCAAAAUUCAGUAUCAUCGCUUUCUACUGGACGCUUGUUCCUCUGACCCAGCCACACAUGCGUGUCGCAUUGUAUGUUCUCACAGCCGUCACAGCCGUCUUCUGUGUCGCGACCUUCUUUGAUGCCACAUUCUGGUGCGGCGCGGACGUGUCAAGCAAUUGGUCUACUGAUGAAGACGCCUGCCGCGCAUUUGAUUCAAUGACGAUGAUGCGCAUUCACUGGGCGCUUAACUUUAGCACUGAGAUUCUCAAUCUCGUAUUUCCAUUCCCUCUUGUGCGGGAUCUAAAGCUCCCGAAGCUUCGGGAGAAGAUUGGACUCUGCGUCAUCUUGGGACUUGGAGUGGUAACCAUUGCUGUGAGCAUUGGACGGUUCGUCACAAUGGUAUCGGCAGGAAAUAGUGUUAGCAGCUAUCUGUGGACGGCUUCAGAAAUUUCUGUAGCUCUCACCGUCGUCGCACUGACUGCGCUGCGGCCGUUGCUGCGCAAGAUAGCCCAGCUCGUGAGCGGCACAAACAGCGACAGCGACCAGAGGUACUAUGGGACAUACGGCGCCUCUACGACUGUUCGGACCAGGACGGGGAAGUCUAAACCUACGCAUACCCAAGGCUCGGGUAUAUAUUGGCGUACGCACAGUGUGACGGGGAACAAUGCUGUUGACGACAACGAGAGCGAUGAGGUCGAGCUCCGGCCAAUCAAACCCAACCAGAUCAUGCAAACGAGGGAGGUCACUAUCUCCUCUGAGGCGGCGCCAUAG